AGUUUGGAGGAUUGCAAAUAAUGAAUCAGUAUAAAAGACGCAGCAACAGUCGAGGGAUCAUUCAAGUCGUCGACAAGAAAACAACCAACAUGAACCGCCUGGUACUCCUGUUCGCGCUGGUCGCCUAUGCCAGACCUCAGUCAGAAGUGGUUGAUAUGGGUUCCUUCGUAGGAAAUGGUGAUGAUAAGCUAAGCGACGAUCAAGUCUCAGUGAGCCUAAUUCCGCCUAAAGAAUCCGGUGUGAAUUCCAACGUACAGGGAAUCGAAGAUGAUCUCUCAGCAAGCUACAUUCCAAUCAAAAAUGGUGCUGCCGACCGCAUAGGCGACCUAAGCAAUGGCGGGAACUCAGACUCCAACGUACAGGGAAUCGAAGAUGAUCUCUCAGCAAGCUACAUUCCAAUCAAAAAUGGUGCUGCCGACCUCAUAGCCGACCUUAGCAAUGGCGGGAACUCAGACUCCAACGUACAAGGAAUCGAAGAUGAUCUCUCAGCAAGUUACAUUCCAAUCAAAAAUGGUGCUGCCGACCUCAUAGCCGACCUAAGCAAUGGUGGGAACUCAGACUCCAACGUACAGGGAAUCGAAGAUGAUCUCAGAGCAAGCUACAUUCCAAUUAAAAAUGGUGCUGCCGACCGCAUAGGCGACCUAAGCAAUGGUGGGAACUCAGACUCCAACGUACAGGGAAUCGAAGAUGAUCUCUCAGCAAGCUACAUUCCGAAAAAAGAUGGUGCUGCCGACCUCAUAGCCGACCUAAGCAAUGGCGGGAACUCAGACUCCAACGUACAGGGAAUCGAAGAUGAUCUCUCAGCAAGCUACAUUCCGAAAAAAGAUGGUGCUGCCGACCUCAUAGCCGACCUAAGCAAUGGCGGGAACUCAGACUCCAACGUACAGGGAAUCGAAGAUGAUCUCAGAGCAAGCUACAUUCCAAUCAAAAAUGGUGCUGCCAACCGCAUAGGCGACCUAAGCAAUGGUGGGAACUCAGACUCCAACGUACAGGGAAUCGAAGAUGAUCUCAGAGCAAGCUACAUUCCAAUCAAAAAUGGUGCUGCCGACCGCAUAGGCGACCUAAGCAAUGGCGGGAACUCAGACUCCAACGUACAGGGAAUCGAAGAUGAUCUCUCAGCAAGCUACAUUCCAAUCAAAAAUGGUGCUGCCGACCUCAUAGCCGACCUAAGCAAUGGCGGGAACUCAGGCUCCAACGUACAGAGAAUCGAAGAUGAUCUCUCAGUAAGCUUGAUUCCAGUACAAAAUGGUGCUGCCGCCCGCAUAGGCGAACUUAGCGACCCCAAAAGUCACCAUUGAUGACAACGUCUGCCUCUAAGUUAAGGUGUUAACAUCAGAGCGUAACUGUAUUAAAUGGCUUUUCAUU